AUGACAGACGUGUGCUUCAGAGAUCUUACGGCUAAGGCUAAGAUUUACGAACAAACGAAGCUGAUUCCCGUGAUGGAAUCUUCUUCUUGUGCCAUCAAGUCAGACGCGAUUCUUCCCAACGAGUUGAUGCAGGGGCUCAGAGCUGUGGCUGCAUUACUUGAAGACGUCCCUGCGUCCCAACAAGACUGGCAUCCAGGAAGCGAAGACAAGGUUCUGGACCUUGUUCACCCCUCACUCUGGCCGUUGGUGUUUGGCCGAUCUCGAAUUGUUUUCGACAAAUAUGUAACGCUGGACAAGUGCCUUGAUCAUUGCGGCUCGGGGAAGGUCAUCCCUGAGCCUAAGAGGCUGCAUUUCAGAAUGCCGGAUGGCUUUCAAUUUUCCACUGGAGAUGACGACAAGAGAGCUUUGUCACUACGAUACCAAUGGCUUCCAUGUGAUGUUUAUCUGGUAGGCGAACAACCACGUAUCAAGAGCUACAUCAACAAUCUUCACCCUGUCCGAUACAAAGCCGUUUAUUCUCUCAUCGAGGAACUCCUCGCGAAAUCCCUUCCCACUUGGGAUAUUGUCUGCCGUUCAGCUCGCAAGGAGUUUAGGUUCAAGAGAUUCGGAACCGUUCACGAAGUCAAGUGGACGUGCAACGUGCCAGAGAUCUGUGCGAGGAUGCAUGGAUGCUAUCCGAGUAGUAGGUUGUUCGCCCAAGGCGAGGACUACGAUAGUGGUUCAGAAACUAGUUCUGUAUUUGAAGAGGGCGAGAGAUUGAAUAGGGAAUGGUGGUCAGAAACUCACAAGAUCAACUGCCCAGAACCCUUAGACGAUGCCACAUACCCCCUCGAUGCAUCGCACUUCAGAAGUGGAGGAUUCUUCAAUAGUUCCUCACAGAUUCAAGUCAUUAUCAAGAUGGCCAACAUACAGCUGAAUCCUGAGAAAUCUACGUAUGAUGGUGGCUCGUGGCACGUUGAAGGGCAACUCAACGAACAUAUCUGCGCCACGGCCCUGUUUUACUACCACAGCGAUAACAUCACCGAGUCUCGUCUUUCCUUCCGUACUCAGGCGGAUAGAGAAAACCUCGCAGACCGGCUUAGCUACUCUCAGGGAGACUACCAUGGCAUUGAAGCGAUCUUUGCCAUCAAAGCUAAAGGGAAUAAAAUGCAGGAUCUCGGGAGCGUCUUGACACAAGAAGGCAGAGCCUUAUUUUUCCCUCAUAUCUAUCAACAUCGAGUUGAACCUUUCGAGUUAGCUGACAAGAUUCGCUCUGGGCAUCGCAAGAUCGUCGCUCUGUUCCUUGUCGACCCAGUCAUCCCGAUCAUCUCGACAGGCAACGUGCCCCCUCAGCGAAAGCAUUGGUGGAAGGAUGAGCUCAAAGAGUCAGAACCGCUCAAUGGCCUUCCUAGUGAGAUCCGAGAUGCAAUAACUCAGGAAGUGGACUAUCCAUAUGCAAUAGAUGAGGCAAGACGGGUCAGAGAAGAUUUGAUAUCAGAGCGAAGGGUUGUAAACAGCGACAGCGUCGGACAACAAGCUCAGAGUUGGAACUUCUGCGAACAUUAA